AUGGAUGACACAGAUAGCGUGGACAGCAUGCAAAGCAUGGAAAACACAGAUACUAACAACAACAUGACCAUACACAACAAGAGAAUCGUGGGAGUGGGUCUUGACGACAAAGCCAUUCACCUCCUCUAUGUUCUUCUGGCAGGCAUUCCGAUAAAAGACAAGACUGAGGCGCAGCGACAAGCACUCCAAGAGGCUGCAAAUGAGCUAGAGGCCAAAAAGCGGGUCCAAGUCAUCAAUCGCAAAGCACUCGAACGCGAGCUGCGCACCACUCUAGAGGCCAUCGGUCAAGCCAGCAGAGAUUUCAUCCAGAACUAUGCUUUAGGUGGCAGCGAAAAUGAUGAUCAAGUCAACGAAGUGGAAGAAGACGAUACCCGAAAACGAAAGCGGGAACAAUUGGAGGCUUUGGAGGAGCAAUUCGGCAAUCUUGAUCAACUCAGAGCCAGGUUGCGACUUAGCAUGAAUGAUGACGAUAAGGACGCACAGCAGCUGGGCAUCGAGGCACGCCAGACCCUUGAAGCUGAAAAGCAAAGUGUGGUUGCAGGUGCCGUGCCCGCCAUGGAACGCCGUGUCAUGCGAAGCUCUUCAACGCCAGCUCUCCACCUUCCAGUGAUGAUGCAGCCCACCUCCCCAGAUCCACCAGACGACCCUGAGUCUGCGACCCUAUCGAUGCCUUCCCCACUCACGGAAUUUAUGGACUUUACUCUUCUCUUUGGCGGUGGUGAUGGCAAUGUUGCUCAUACCAACGAGGCACAACUCUCAUACGGUGAUGGGAAUGGUACAGAGCGCAGAGACAUCUAUCGUGUGGCGACACAAUCAGAGCAGAUCGACAGUGUUGAUGAUGACGACGGACUCAGCAGAACCAUGAGCAGAGGAUCCGACGCUAGUUCUGCACACGAUCCGCAACAGCAGUGA